AUGCACCUAGUGGGGCUAGCAAGAUGGGACAGGACAUGGAGAGGACAAGUGUGUGGGAAGAUAUCGGGUCUGCUGUCAAAGCAUUGGAUUGAGCAGGAAGUGAUUAUCGUACGACAGGCAUUUGACGUGGAUCAUGAAAUAACUGAAUACGAGCCUAGCGCGAGCUCGAGUGCUACACUGGGUCCAGAACCAUGGUUCAAACCAGACUUUUGGUCUGGUUCUGCACAGUUUGGUCCAUGGUUCUCAUUUAAUCAGGCUACCUUUAGCCUUUUGGAAUAUUUGAUAUCAACACUUUUACUUUCCAAUUAUGAUAUGCUUUCACUUAAGCUUUCUUAUUGCAGAAUAUCUCGAGAUGUCCUCUCAAAUUCUUAUGCUUCUGAUGUCUGCACAUGUGCAAUGAUGACUCGAGUUCCUCAUCCUUCAACCUUAGUUCUCAUGGAAUGA